GCAAAGUGUUGGUAGAGGCAGUUCCGGUGUGGUACGUUGCAUUCUUGUACUAGGAACCGGAUCGCUGGGUUUUUUCCUCUCGCUGGAGUUUUAGGCGAGAGACAAAUAUGUCUGGUCGCGGAAAGCAGGGUGGCAAAGUGCGGGCAAAGGCCAAGUCCAGGUCCUCUCGCGCGGGCCUGCAGUUCCCAGUGGGCCGAGUGCACAGACUCCUGCGCAAGGGUAAUUACGCGGAGCGAGUGGGCGCCGGGGCGCCGGUGUACCUGGCUGCGGUGUUGGAAUACCUGACGGCGGAGAUCCUGGAGUUGGCUGGCAACGCCGCGCGGGACAACAAGAAGACCAGGAUAAUCCCUCGCCACCUGCAGCUCGCCAUCCGCAACGACGAAGAGCUAAACAAGCUUCUGGGGAAAGUGACCAUCGCUCAGGGCGGCGUCCUGCCCAACAUCCAGGCCGUGCUGCUGCCCAAGAAGACGGAGAGUCAGAAGACGAAGAGCAAGUGACCCUGAUGCCGCCACAGGGGAGCCGGCUUCCCAGCAAGGGCUCUCUCCAGAGUCGCCCCGCCCGCAGUGUUUUUGAAUAUGCUUGAUGUUAUGGAGAGCCGGAGCCAUCUAGUGGGGAGGUGGGCGGCGAGACCAACUGGGUCGGGGGCCCAAUAAAGUCGGUGAA